AUGACGAAGCGCACAACACGCGACAAUAUGAAAAUCAAUGGCUUCUCAGAAGAGGAUACGAAUAAGAUCAAAGACGCAUUCGACGAUGCUAUGAAUAUAGGCAAGGCUGUACUUACCACCUCUACCACUAUAGUGGAUCCUAUAUUCAAAAAGUACUUUCUUUCCAAAGACAAGGACUUGGUGUUCAGCGUCUUCCGAAAGAUCACAGGAAACAAUGCCGAAUACUCCGGUGACCCUCUAUUAGCUACGCUAAAUACGAUACCUAACGCGGAAAUAGAGGGCACGCCGGCAUGCGACGGCAGUACAAUUGCGGAACUAGAUAUCCUCGAAAAUAAUGCCUUGAUCCUUUGCAAAGAAGCACUUUUGUAUGGCUAUACGAAUGAUGGGAAAACUCCGCUCUCGUGCGACACUAUAGGGAACACCCUAGAUCAUACCAAAAGCACACUGGGAGGGGCUCUUCUGCAUGAGUGGACGCAUUGGGAGGCGUUGGUGGUUCCUCCGUUGAGCGGACAGGUAGAAGAUAUCCAAUAUGGGCCUUGGCAGGUCCAGAAUUUACUUUCUAAGGAUAAAGCACCCUAUAAUGCAGAUAGCUAUCAUUGGUUUGGGAAUGAGGUUUUCUGGACUGUGAAGUGUGGCCAUGAAUUUGGAUCAAAGAGGGAUUAUGUGGAGCCUUCGAUGAGGGAGGAUUUCAAAAUCGAGGAUGAAACGGAUGACGGGUGUUGUGCUCAAUGUGUUGUGUUAUAG